AUGACGAACUCGUUGGAGAAGAGAAUCGCUUGCAGGGUAACAUAUAUCUGGCUAGCUGGCAAGGAUUCUCACCAUGACAUCCGCAGUAAGGACCGAACGGCGUAUCUGACAACAGAUGAAAUUGCGAAGCAUCCCAAAGAGCUGCUUACUGAGGGUCUUUUUCCUGUGUGGAACUUCGAUGGCUCCUCGACGAAUCAGGCUCAUGGCGCAGAUACGGAGAUACUACUCAAUCCAGUUAAUGCCUAUCACUGCUGUAUCCCUCGACGCUCGACAAUAACACCAUGGAUUCUUGUGUUGGCUGAAUGUUGCCUGCCAAAUGGCGAGCCAACGAGGGACAAUGCACGUGCCACGGCUCGUCGCAUAUUUGACCGGAGGCAGGAAGAGCACCCGUGGUUUGGAAUGGAGCAGGAGUUUUUCCUGAUUAAGGAUGGACUUCCAUAUGGUUGGCCGUCAAACGGGUUUCCGGCUCCACAGGGGCCGUAUUACUGCUCUACGGGCGCUUCCUUUGCUCCUGGGAGGAGGUAUGUUGACUUGCAUUAUGAAGUGUGCCUACAGAUGGGGUUAAACAUAUCUGGCACGAAUGCAGAGGUUGCGCCUGGCCAGUGGGAGUUUCAAGUGGGCCCCUGCGAGGGUAUUGAAAUGGGAGAUCAGUUGACUGUAGCACGAUGGGUAUUGCUACGGCUCCUGGAAGAAGAUGGCUUGGAAGUAGACUAUCGCGCAAAGCCCAUUAGGGGCGAUUGGAAUGGCAGCGGACUUCAUACCAAUUUUUCUACAGCUUCCACUCGGGCUGAGAAUGGGCUGAGUGUAAUUUACGAAUAUGUGGGGAGAUUGAAGAAAACCAUGCCAAAGGACAUUGUUUUCUAUGGGGCUGAAAACAACGAACGACUCACGGGGACGCACGAGUCCUCAAGGCUAAACGAGGUGACCGCCGGUGUUGGUACGAGGCAUACCUCGAUUCGUAUUCCUAACGCUGUUGCCGCAGAGCAAAAGGGGUACAUGGAGGAUCGGAGACCUGCUGGCGAUGCCGAUCCUUACCUAGUCUCGGCGAGGCUGUUUUUCGUCUUGCGUUGCUCUUGA